AUGUACCGUGGCCAAUAUCCCAUUGGGCUCGCGUACACUUUGUGUUACUCGAGGCUUCCUCCGGACCGUCCUCCGUCAAACACUAUGAGCUAUCAGUUCUUUGUCCGGCCACUCCCCUGCCGCAUCGUGGUUGUCCCACCACACUCGACUGCGAAUGACUCUCUCCGAACAGGAUAUGGUGAGUAUUGGGUCGCCAAACGACGCUCCGCCAACCCCAUUCGUUCCUGCGGGAGAUCUCUUGAACUCAGAUCCCAGUUCCAAGGCGUCUCGAAUUUCAUGUGGGUAAGACACCAAUCGUCCCAAAUCGCUCAGGCGCAGCCAGACUCAGGAUCUCGGCCUGACCAAAGGUAUAAGAAGCCGAAGGCGCCAGCAAGUUCCUUCGCAAGUGUCCACUGCCUUUCUCUGCCGAGCAUCAUUUUGCAGCCAAAGAGACCCAGCCUGUUUGGUGAUGCGACUGCUUUGAUACAGACCAUAUUGGCAUCCCGAUUUCCACCAAGCAUCGUCCCGCUAUCUUAUGACCAUCAGAUAGGUCUCUAUCAUCGCUCCGACUACGAUGUUGCCGUUGUGUGGUUGUCAAAGACGGAGCGGGUCAUCGCCUAUUGCCACGUUGCAUGGCAAGCAACACAGCAUGAGUGUAUAGUACGAGCGACCUCAGAUUGA